AUGUCGCAGCUUUGGGAAGGAGUUAAAGGCAAUGAGAGGGCCACAGUGUGGUGUCGGCACAUCGUAGCUGAGCAUGGGGAGCAAGCAACCAUGGAACGCCGUGCAGCACGCUGCUUUUCGGUGGGCUCCCUGUACAUCUUCGCUCAGGCUCUGGGCCUCUUUUGGCUCUUCCUGGUCUCCUUGCUGGCCUCGAUGUGCGUGCGCAUCGUGACUGCAGCCGUAGAGAUGCCUGCCUCCAACACGGCGGCGGUGUAUGGCAAGCAGCCGUUGAGAGCUGUGGCGCUGGGAUAUGUAUACUACAGCAUCAUUCGGAUCUUCAUGCUGUUCGCCCGCAGCAUGUGGACGGUGGCUUGGGAGACGUACCACGACUUCCCCACGCUGCGUCGGAUGCUGCUUGGUGCCAAAGGUGCUCCCGGCGAGGCCUCCAAGCAGUCUCCCAAGGGCUCGCCCCGGACGACACCGGUGGCACGAGGUGGAAAAGACUCGAAAGAGCCGUCUGGCAAGGAGGCGCCGAAUGGCGCCUCACAGCGACGACAGGAGGUCGAUCAAACCGGGACGAUGCAGAGGCGGCAGGCGAGGCGGCGCAUCGUGCUGAUCUCGCCGCUGCUGGUCCUUGCGAUAGUUAAUUCAACGUUGCUACUUGGGCAAAGUUUUUGUGAUGGGCGGACGGAAGGCAUCUGCAGCGAUAGCGUGCCCAUCUUUCAGCCUACCGCACACCUGAACAGAGCCUUGCGCUUUGUGCUGUUCCUGGCAUUGGUGCAGUGGUUUCAGGCCUGGACUGGCCUAUUCAGCAGCUGGACUCAAGCUGUUUCUUCGGGGAAGGGCGCCCUACCCCGCUUUGUGUCGUUUUUCCUACUGCUGGUGCUGAUGCCCUGCUCCACGCUGCGAUUGGCGGCAUGGCUGCUGCAGCCAGCAGGCAGUGGCGUAGUGCGACGGACGCUUGGAGGCCUGGUGCCCCACCACACGGCGGACUCGGCACUGGUUACGGCCUGGUCCUGGUGGUCGCUCCUUGCCGUGUACGUCGUUAUGGACCCGCAGCUCCUUGGCCUCUCCGGCUUCACUCUGCGCAGCGUCAGUCAAGAUGCGCGCUGGAAACACCUCACGAUGCUUUUCAAGUACACGCUUUUCUUUUGGUUGGCCGUGCACUUUCUUCGAGGCUGUGUGGCCCACGGUUUCGCCGUGGCACAGACGGAUCUGAUCACGAUCAGCUUCCUCUAUCCGCUGCUCUUGUGCUUCAUUUGGACCGCGACCUUCGUGGCGGUCGCGCUGUCUGGUGCCUUCUCUCGGAUGUUUUGGCCCGUCCUGGGCUCCCUGGUGAUGCUGCCGGUGGUGUUCCUCCUUGCGAGGCUGCUGUGCAACUGGGUGGAUCGAGGCUCACACCCAUUGCUCAUCGCGCUGACCUGGGUACACCUGUGUCGGGCAGCUUUCCGAAUGGCCCGGUAUGGCGGGCUGUGGCUCAAGAGCGACCAACUCCCGAGCGGUGAGGCUGCCUAUCCUAGCAUCAAGUUCGCCUUGAAUCCCGAUAGCCACAAGGUCCUGAAGACAACGUACUUCGUGGAGCGAAGGCUCGGCCGUAUGGCUGUCCGCGUCCUGCUGCUGAUCUGCGCCUCCUUCUUGGCCAUUCUGACCAGCUGUGUCCUUCUAGGAGGCUUGCAGCAGCGCUCGGGCCUGUUCCUGGAGGACCUGGUCUGGUGGCAGGCUGCCAAGGACCAGAAGAGCGUUGAAAUCGUCAAUGCUGGUGCCUCUGUUUUGACGCUGGGCGCCAAAGGUGUGCCCGUGGUCGAGGACGGGGCAGAUGCGCUUCCCACGGCCGUCCUGGCCUCGAACGCGACCAGGCGAUAUGCAGUGUGUGGGCAUACCUGGCACGGCCUGCAGCUGGUAGACUACGCGUUCUUGGCCCUGACGGCGUACAUCAGCCCCUCGGAGAAGAACGCCAUCCCCGAGCUACUGCAGCAUCUGUUCCCGCAGAUGGACGUGUCCAUCCGCGCCCUGCAGCGGGAGGAGCUGCAGAGGCGUUGGCUGGAGUUCCAGAUCCGCCGCUGCGAGCCUCAGAACGCCUACUGGCCUUCCUGGCAGGAUGGCAGCUGCCGCAACCUGACGGUGAUUAGCGUCAGCGGCACGGACAUCAGCCGAAUUGCCGACUACGCGGAGAACUUGCGCAUGUGGACGGAGCCCGUGUCCCUUGGGAUUCUGGCCACGGUCUUCCCGACUAUCCGGAUCUGGCCCAGGGACUCCGCCUCGCUCGUCAUCCGGACGAUCCAUGACAUCCUAGGCGGCCUCGGCUUGGCGGACAACCAGUGGCACUACAGUGAGAUCCUCGAGCACGUGAGGUCACUUCCACGGGACCAGGAGGUCGUCAUUACUGGCCACUCCCUGGGAGGUGGCAUUGCCCUGGUGGUUGGAGCUCUGACGGAUCGACAAGCGGUGGCCAUCCAACCGCCAGGCAUGUACCACUCCCUCGCCAAGCAUGAGGCGCAGCAGCGCUCCUUCUCGGGAGGCCAGGCGCUCCACCAGAGAAGCGUUUCACUGGUGUUCGAGGGCGACUGGAUACAGAACUUCGAUGGCCAUGGUGGCCUGGUGCAGACCAUGCUGUGCGACCAGACGCAGAAGAGCAUCGCUGUGGGGUGCCACCUCCUGGAAGGCGCCAUAUGCCACCUGUUGCGACACUGCGGCGACGACGCCGGCCGCUUCAGUGCGUGUAGGCACGACUACCAGCCGGGAAACACUGCUUGGAGCAUCGUGCAGUUCGUUUGGGAAUUCCUGAUCGCGAGCUUCCAGUCUUCGUACUUCCACUCGGACUUCCAGCCGACCCUCGUGGCCGGGCUGGGCGUCUCGCUGGUGGUCGUGCUUCGCCACGGUGCGCCACCGAUGCUGCGCUCCGUGGGACUUGUGUCUGGCUAG